CUUCCAACGAGUGUUCGCAAAUCCGAAACAUCUUUCAUAUAAAUUUAAGUGUCGAGGCCUAUUUGAACCCCCUGGUUCGGGCUGGAUCAAGCCUUUGAAACACCAUAGGCGCAAAGUGCCUUUGAAGGAAGGAUUUCGCGCAAAGCAAUUAUAGCGCGCACUCCGGCUUAGGACAAUAUGGUCGUUUGUCGGUUUUUCCAACAAGGCCGAUGCCGAUUUGGAGACCAAUGCAAAAAUGAGCAUCCUGGCGCCCAACAACAGACAUUCACUGGCGGCAACCGAUUUGGCGCACUCUCGGGAGGCAGCUCUGGCUUCAACAGUCGCUCCUCUUCUGGGCCGGGUCAGCAAUCGAAGCAAUCUCAGGAACCGGUCAACUAUGGGGUAACUGUGGAGGAUAUCAAAGCCGACUUGGUUGCUGGCAAAGGGAGGCCCGAUUGGGUCUUCUCUUGUUAUGGCCCUGGACGAAAUGCUCCCAAGCAAUUGUUUGGAGGUCCACAGCGAGAGCAGAGUUUCGAAGAGCUCCGGCUACGGCACUACGAAGCCGCUGCCAGCGGAAACCCAGGCCCGGCGAUCCAAGAGGCCGAAAGUAUGUAUAAUGAAGCCGUAAAUCAAAUGGAGGUUAUAUUGAAAAACCUCGGCGCGGCCGUCAAAUACGUUGUUGAUGGGGGCAAAGAGCACCCGAACAGAAUCGAUAUUACAAAAGGCGACACCGGACCUGGGGCCAGCCAACUCUCAGCUUUUGGCCAACAAACACCAGCAUUCCAAGCUCCAGGAUUUAGUCAACCAGCGUCCAGUACACCAGCUUUUGGUCAGCCUUCAUUUGGCCAGCCGUCUCUAGGGCAGCCGUCUAGUUUCGGCCAACCAUCAUCCCUAGGACAACCGUCUGGCUUCGGUCAAUCAUCUUUAGGACAGCCCUCGGGAUUUGGUCAACCAAGUGCUUUAGGUGCCUCGUCUGGUUUUGGUAAGCCGGCUUUUGGACAGCCCAGCCAACCAAGCCAAUCCAGUUUUGGUCAGCCGUCGUCAAUGGGAGCCUCACCAUUUGGCCAAGCUACAGGCACUUCAUCACCAUUCUCCCAAAUUUCAGGCCCUACCAGCGGGUUUGGCCAGGCCUCGGCCUCUCCAUUCUCACAGACAGGCUCUGGAUUCGGACAGCCAUCAGCUACCCCAGCGUCUAGUGGCUUCGGCACGCCUUCACAAUUGGGAAAUCCUUUCGGCCAACCCUCUGCUCCCCUAGGGCAACCUAGUCAGCCAACUUCUACUCCAUUCGGGGCUGCAGCACCGCAGCCAACAUCUGCACCUUUCGGACUACCAGCUGGAGGUGCGCCACAGAUCUCUCAACCUGCAUCAGUAUCAUCCGGACAGGUAGGCGCUGGGCCGCCACCAUUACUAAAAACCGACAACACCAAUGACCUAAUUCCUAUCCCGCCUCUAAAUGGAGCAACAACCCACAAUCCCAUGUCGAAGAAACUACAAAGUUGGAAGGGGCAACCAGUACAAUACAUCGACAAUGCACCUUGUUAUUUACAUCCUCAGGACCGAAAGACGUAUGUUAGGAUCUUUUUUCCUGACGGGCCACCGGACGAAGCUAGCCUACGGGAUGCACAUGCAGAGCCGGACAAGUAUACCCCAGAAGUUACGGAGCAGUAUGAAUUCUUUGUUAAGAAUGGAUGUUUCAAGGACGGGCUUAUCCCCAGUGUGCCGCCAAAGACAGAGUGGGUUAGCUUCGACUUUUAGGAUUGGAAACUAGGACAUCUUCAUUGGGACGCCAGGCAUUAUUAUUCUAUCUUUCUUAAUUGGUCGAGGAUGCGGUGGCUUUCAAUAUACUGGGAUGAAAGGCGUUUUUCUAGAGUAAAUCUACUGGUUACUGUUUUACAUCCUGUCCUACAAUAUCACAAUCUACAGUACGAGAACAACUCCAUCAAACGG